AUGGAGAGUGGGGGCGGAAGAGAAAACGGAAAGGGGAAGAGAGCGGCGCCGGGAGGAAGGGCCGGAGGACUGGAUGGCUGGGAGGAGCGCGGCGGGGGCAGGGUGGGGAGGGACCACGUGCCUCCGGAGCAACCCGCAGGAAGCGAAAGAGAAUUGGACGACUUGGGAGGCGGAGAAGGGGAGGCGGGGAAGGGGAGGCCGGGGUUAAAGUUGGUUUGCUCCUGUUGCCGGAGCUGCCCCAGAUCUCUGUGUUCCAGGGUCGAAGCAGAGUUAAAGUACAUUCUUCUUUGUCGGGUGCGCCCUUUCUUCCCGGGCAUUCGUUUCGCGCUCUGUUGGCUUUACAGGAAGUGGGCGCUGCACCUCGGCUCAGUUCGGGUCGGGACACGCCUUUCCCUCUCUACCCCCCCCCCCCCCCCUCCCGCCCCAAGCCAAGCUCCGUUCCCAGACUGGGGGUUCCCGCUGUGUGAGGGCCGGGCUUCUGGGUUUGGACCCGCUAGGGUGACGCGCAUUCGGCAGCGCAGCGGAAAGCGAGGACAGUGGGUGGAAAAGGGAAAGGACGUAUUUGACAAAUCUGAUUCAUCUCCAGAUCAAGUCCUCGCAACAGCCCAUUUGCCAGACAUGUGGUUUACAUGCCUUCUACUAGCCUCUGCCUCAGGGCCAUGCCUACAGUCAGGAAUGGGAGCUCUUGCCACAUCUGGGUUGAUCUCCUGGAACCAUCUCUGAUACCAACAAAGAAGUUCAGUAUUCUCCAUGUUUAGUCACCCUACUAAAUUUGGAUUUCUUGAAAACAACAAAAAAAAGAAAAACCUAAUGGUGCUAAUCUGUAAGUAGU